GUUACGAGAUAGAUUACGCAAAACAGACAUUAGUUUUGUGUAGCAUAUAACAGCUACGGAUGUUUAGAAUAUAAAGAAAAUAAGCACUAACUUAAUUUUUGUUCAAAGGUUGCGCUUAAUUUGGGCGAAAGUUUCUUAAAAUAGAAUUAUGUCGCAAACCAUACUCAGUAGACCUGCCAGCCAAGCCAGCAGGGUGGGCAUGUUACCCCGCAUAGAACACCCCUUAUCCCGCCUUGAAAACCCUGGAAACAUGUCGGUACGAGGGGUAACAAGGGGCAGCAGUCGGGCGGGUGAUGUCCCAAAGCCCCACCGUUUAUCACGUGACGCUAUGAGCCCCAGACGAAAAGAUUUAGACCCGAAGAUGCCGAUUGAUUCGAUUCCUGAGGGCAUUGAAGUCGUUCACUCAAAAGAUCCGAAUAAACCGACGUUACCUGUGUUCGGACCACGAGAUUUUACCCGGAGUGCGUACGGUAAUCGAGCUGUUAUGAGCCGAGCGGAGUCACGUGGUAGCAACGUCAGUAAAAUGACGUCACUGUCAAGACCUGGAACACAAACGCGAAUUGAAAUUGAUGAACUUGAAAUGUUGCUACGCGACAAAAUCAAGACCGGUGGUUUCUUCAGUGUAAGACAAGCAUUCAAAAAUAACGACCCAGAAGGUAAAGGAAACGUCACAAAGGAGGCACUCAUGCAUAUCUUGACGUCAUUGUUGGGUAGAGUUUUGUCUUCAAAACAAUUCCAUCUUUUACUAAAACGACUUCACCUUGAUGAUCGAACUGUCGUCAAAUUCGAGGAGUUUUACGCUCAGUUUCGUGAAAGUGUUUCAUCUGAAUAUCCUCGUUGGUUAGACCCGGUUGCGAGGACGCAGACGGAGCGUGCGAGCAUGACAGCGUCACAGGUUCACGCCCAGCUAAAGGAGAGAGCCAAACAGAGGUUUCUGGAUCUUGCUGAUCUUGUUCCACAGAUGAAUCCAGGAGGCUCUGAGAGGAUCAUGGCUCCGGAGUUUAGGAACGUUCUUAAUAGACUCGGAUUCUUCAUGAGCGAUGCAGAAUUUGAUAAAAUUUGGAAAAAAUACGACACAUCAAACCUUGGUGUAGUGAAAGCUAGUUCAUUGCUCAAAAAACUUGGAAUCGAAUUCCGAGAAUCAAAAUCGCCGUCAGCUUCUGUGGCGAGGUCUACAGGAAGUAAUAAGAAGGCACAAGUUGUUACUUACGACUCUGCACCUCCAACCGGGCGUUCCAUGAGACCCAGUGAAGCGGAACGACAAACAUCCAUAGAUAUCGAGAAAUGGUUAAAAGAUAAAUUUCGUGAAGGAUUUAAAUCAAUGCGGAAAGAGUUCAAGAAAGGGGAUUUGAAAAAUACAGGAAAAGUACCACGUGAUGUUUUCCGUCGAGUAAUCUCGCAAUUUGAUCUUUUCCUCCGGGAAGAUUCAUCUUUAAACAUGUUCCUUGCAAGAUGUGGAUUACCAGAGCAUGGUGAGAUCUCUUACGUCGAUUUCUUGAAUAAGUUCCAAGACAGAAGCGCGACAGGGAUGGCUCAUAAUAUUCUAUCUAACCCAAAACACAGAUUCAACAAAGAGCCUCGUCCCAUUAGCCCCAAAUCCACUGUUACAGCCGUCGAGUCGAAAAUGAUGACAUUAUUUCAAUCAGACUUCCUUGCUUUGCUUGGAAUGUUUCAUAAGAUCGACAAACAUCAAGAAGAUGUGAUUUCUCAACAAGAGUUCAGAGCUGCCAUUGAGAGCAGAUUCCAGCUUGAAAUGAAUGAUGAUGAAUUCAGUCACUUCCUUGAACAAGUUCCAUUAAAUGAAGAUGGUGCAGUCAAGUAUCCAGAGUUCAUGGCUCAGUUUGAUACAAAACAAGGUGCAAAGAGUUUAUGGGAUGGCAAGUCUGUUGUUUCAAAAGCUGCUGUGUUUGUUCCUACAUCUGAUAAACCAAAGGAAAGAACUGUUGAUGACCUUCAUUCAAUAUUGAGGGUGAUUGUCCGUAACGACAUGGCAAAGCUGGAAGGAGAAUUCAGGCAGCUGGAUGAAUACAAUAGUGGGAAGCUUACACAAGAAAUGAUGUUCCAACUAUUAUCAAAAAUGCACAUUGUACCGUCAGUAACACGAGGUGAAAUAAGAAGAUUGUGGGAAACUUUCAUUGUCAACAAAAACCGAACAUUCAGUUUUCUACAAUUUGUUCGACAUUACGGUUACUCACUCAAAUCUGCAGCAUUCCCGAAUGCCAAGAUAGCUCCACCACAACGAGGGGAUAAUGACUUCAUGAUUAGGUCAAGGAAACUUAACUGUGCGGCAGAUAUGUUAGAAGAUAGUCUAAGAGCUAAGGUUGAUUAUUUAUGGGAAGACCUUCGUCGUGAGUUUGUUGAGAUGGAUCCUUACCACACAGGGUUUGUAUCACGGGAUGAGUUCCGUGAUGUGCUCAUGGAGCUGUGUGUUCAUCUCACGAAUCAUGAAGCUGAGAUCAUUUGCAACAAGUUUGAAACAAACACGGAUGGAAGAGUUUCAUAUGUUGAGUUCCUGCGACCAUUUGCACAACGUCGGCAGUUAUGGAAGGAAGGAAACAACAUGCACUCUAUACUAACUCACCCACAAGCUGAACUACCUGGAUCCAUCACUGCAGGGAAACCAACUAAAGGUCUUGAAGCAGUGACUUCUAAACUAAAGCAGCAGCUUGCGGGUGAUUGGCGUACUCUAAGAAGGGCGUUUAAAAAGAUGGAUGUGUCUGCUGAUGGAAUGCUGACUCUGCCAGAAUUUCGAAGCGUUCUUCGACUCUGUAAUGUGGUUUUAGAUGAAGACGAAGUCUACCAUGUUCUUACACAGUAUGACAAAGACCUGUCUGGCAAACUGGACUACAAGAAAUUCCUGACAGAAAAUUUAAGCCGACCAUCAUCAAAAUUAUCGGGUGUCUGAUGUGGGGGUUUAUACAUGAACAAUGUAUGUGCUAUUCUGCUGAUAAUUUGAUGGACUACUUUCGUAUUUCAUUACAUGCACCUCAAAUACCCAUACAUACCAAAGUGCUGGUCAAAUAUUACUGGAUACAAGUGUGUGGUUCAAAUUUUAUUGAAAAAGUUAUCACAUUAAUAUUUUACCUAGGUAUUUUCAAAGCGUUUUCCUUUUUGGAUCCUUUUGCCAAAUUUGUGUAAAGUAUUACAAAUUCUUAAUUUUCAUUUUAAUUCUUUGCGGAUUUAUUUAGAGAUUAUAUUGUACAAACUUCUGCAUAACUUAAUUUAACCUGUUUGCCAAAUGUAAUAUAUUUGUGCUUUGUAUUUUUGCGACAAAUCAGUGUUUUUAUUACGGUACUUAAGAGUUCAACAAGUUAUAGUUUUACCUAGAGUAGGUGUACAUUGUAUACGACAGUUCAAAACGCACACGCCGUAUUUUGUACAGUAUGUAUCAAAUUCUGUGUUUUAAAUCUGUUGUCAGCGCAAAUACAGACGCGAAACUGUG